AUGACAACGAUGUCCGAUCUUCCACAAGAUUUGACAAAAGAGAUAUUCUCUAGGGUUCCAUUGACAUCCCUAAGCGCUGUGCGAUCCACUUGCAAAAGUUGGAACUCUAUCUCUAAGUCUCAGGUUUUAUGCGAAUCAGCCGCAAGAAGGAAGCAGUUUCUAGGGUUCAUGAUGAAGGAUUUUAGUGUUUGCUCGAUGAAGUUUGAUCUCCAAGGAAUCCAAAACGAAGCAGACUUCGUUGAACCAUCUAUAAAGCAAGUAAGUGUACUUGACCAAGUAGAGAUAUCUCAAAUCUUUCAGUGUGAAGGCUUACUUCUAUGCGUCACCAGAGACAAGUCAAGGCUCUUGAUGUGGAAUCCUUAUUUGGGGCAAACAAGGUGUAUUCAACCAAGAAACACUUUCCUAAGUGGAGACCAAUAUGCUCUUGGAUAUGACAAGAUCCGUAAACACAAAAUCUUGAGGAUUUUAGGUGACUGUAAAAGCGGUUACAUGGUUCUUGGUAUGAAAUCUUCGAUUUGAGCGCUAAUACAUGGAAGGUUUCUAAUGACAAUCGAGACUGGCAAAUAGAUCAUUAUCAACGUGGUGUGUCUUUGAAGGGACAUACUUAUUUUUUUGGCUAAAGAGAAAAUAAG